GGUGGUGCUUUCUUAGAAAACAUACAAGUUUGGACAGCAUGAAGAGUGGUAAAGUAAACCCAAGAUAUGCAAUAGAAAUCGAUAUACAGAAGCUAAUUGAAGAUUUAGUUUGGAAAAAGUUUCUGAAAAGUCUUCAUUUUUCGUGUCUUAGAAGAUGUUUCUAUCGACGAAAUGCCUAUCAUAUUGAAAUUCGGUGGAGUUACUUUAGUUUCGAGGAUUUUCUUGAAUCUGAAGUGCCUCUGCGAAAAGAGCCAACAAAAUCCCUGACUCAAUACUCAACCACAUACACGUGCCAGAUAACCGGACCGCAGAAACAUAUAUUCAACGCACAGGGUUCGCAAAUGGAGUCUCGGUCGGUAAAAUUACAAAAGAAUUACAGUAUUGGAGGAAAAGUAUCGAUAAAAGCAGCAGGAUUAGAGUUCAAUGCCGGUGGGAAACGUGAUAAUAGCCAGGAAGAUAAGACAGAUACGACCACCUCAUGGUCGGAUACCGCCGAGUUUACUUUGAAUACAAACAACUCGGCUAAAGUGGUUAUUACGCAAGAAAAGGGAAUAUCAGAGAAGUACUUUGUAGUGAAAACUCUGUUACGAUUGAGACCGACACACCCUGGAUGGGGAGCUCCUGUGAUUGUUAGAAAGAAAUCUAACCAUCAGAAAGUGUUUGAAUAUGAAAUUAUUAGUUUCAGAGAGCUGUUUGAAGCGUAUAGUGAAUGUGCAGACUUGGUGGAGAUUCGACCGCAAGCUCACUUACAACAAUUCGAAGACGGCAACAGUCAAUAUUAUGAUGAGGUUUAUAUAUUUUCCAGGGGAAUAGAGACAAAUGAAGAGGAAAAAAGGAAUGUUAACAUAGCUGCGGAAAAUAAUUAAGUUCAUUGUUAUAUCCCCUAACAACUCUGUAACUCAUUCCUCUUUUCCUGCACUUAAUAUAACCUUAUAUACUGCAUCCGAUGCAAUCUACGCAUCCGUCUAUAUGUUGGUCAGACGGUCUGUCGGUUGGCCAACCGUUUCAGAGAACACCUAUGGAAUGUCCGCCUGCAGAGAAAUACUCCUGUUACCCGUCAUUUUUGCUCAGCAGGCCACUCCACCUCGCACUUCACUGUCUUCAGGCUUGCCCGAACACCAGGGCUUGCGAACCUGGGGCACACUUGAUAUUUUCUUGAAGUAUUGUGCUUAAUUUCAAAAUAAAAUUGUUUGUGUAAUACAUUUGUUUAAAAAUAUAUUUAGAAUUUAUAAGUGGCAAUAAACGAAUACCCUACAAUUUUAUAAUUUUAAACAAAAGAAAAGUACGGAAAAUUCUUGAUCUGUAAUUUGUUUAUUUGACAAUUAGUGCAUAAAGUAUACAACCGGCCCUCAAAAGAUUUUCUAUGAUUAAAAUGGCCCGCAAAGUAAUUCCAAUUGGCCAGGCCUGCCCUACACCACGGAUCCACCAACACCACACUUCGCCUUGAACUGCGCUACAUCUUUACAUCUUUACUCGCUGAACUCAAACUCCAUUUCGACUGUACACUACCCCUCCUUCCAGUGAUAUCUUCGAUAGACCUUUCUUAUAAAAUAUUUUUUUUAUUUUUUGUUUUUUAAAAUUCUAUUUUAUUAAAAAAAAUGUUAUAUCCCUUC